GUGGGGGGAGUUAUACCAAAUGAGGUGACGUCACGUCAUAUUGUAACAGCAACUUUGUAAACAAUCAUUCAUGAUGUGGAAUUCGGUCAAUUUGUCCAGAUCACCAGAGGAAGAAACUACUUGAAACGUUCCAUAAAGAAAAUAAGAGGGAGCUGAUGGGCUAAAAAUGUCAUUCCCUUCUAUUUCAUAACACUAUGUGGAUUGCGCCAUUUCCACUGCCACAAUGUACGUAAGCUACCUUCUGGAAAAAGAAGUAAGCAUGUACCCAACUUCUGUCAGGCAUACUGGACUUGGUCUUGGUGCUCAAAAUUUUGUCAGCCCGCCGCAAUACCCGGAUUAUGGAGCUUAUCACGUACCUGGGGUUAAUUUGGACAGCGCACCACAGCCAUCUCCAUCAUGGCACAACACGUACGCACCUUCGCGGGAGGACUGGAGCAUGUACGGCACUGCGCAUACGAAUGGGGCCUAUGUAUCCACCGGGACCAUCCCUUACAACGGCACCGACGUGAACCCAAUGCCGCCACCAGGAACUGGGGUUAUUCAGGCCCUUAACGGUGGCUCAGUGGAGCAGCACGUUACGUCCAACAGCCCUCGACCCUCUUACGACUGGAUAAGAAAGCCAGGUCAGCCCAUCUCUUCUAAUUCAGGUAAAACCAGAACGAAAGACAAAUACAGAGUUGUGUAUACUGAUCACCAAAGACUCGAACUGGAAAAGGAAUUUCACUAUAGUCGCUAUAUAACAAUCCGAAGGAAGUCGGAGAUUGCAAUGACUCUUGGUCUUUCUGAGAGGCAGGUGAAGAUCUGGUUUCAGAACAGAAGAGCCAAGGAAAGAAAACUAGCAAAGAAAAAAAUGCAACAGUCUCAUUCGGGAUUAAUGCAAAGUGGCUCUGAUGACUUUAGUCCAGCUGCUGCGAUGAGUUCUGCGGCACUAAUACCGGUGGAAAGUGGCGGAGGAGUCCAUUGUCAGAGCACCUCUACUCUGCCCGCACCUUGAUCUCAGUGAAGUCAAAGCCUCAAGCACAGACUGGCAAGGUGAAUGAUCGAUAUCAGCAAAAAAGAAGCUACCUUUGUUAAGCAACGCUACAGCUUGAGAGACUUAAUAACCCGGUUGGGUAACCUUUAUUGAUUUUGAGGCCAACUGGAGAGAAAAUGUCUGAGAGAAAAAAAUAAUUUAGAGCAGCACUCCAAGAACAACAAUGGUCAUUUGUUUACGACACCAUUGACGUUUACACAUUUUUGGAAAUUCCAAAUGAGACUAUUUUGUAAGUUUUGAAUAGACACUUUUUACGUGUUGUUAACGGAUUGUUUAAAUACAUUUGUGUACAUAUUUUUCUGUGUAUUCUGUGAAAAAUAAUUCUUUAUGCAUUUUGUCUCAGGGAUCAUUAAAUAUUGUAGAGUUGUUUUAAAAAGGGGUACUUAAAGCCACGCACAAAUGCUUUCAAUCAAUGCCUAGUUUCUUCCAAAGGCAACAAUAAUUGUACUUUAAAAGAACACUAUUUGAGGUUUUCAUCAUAACAGAGCUAAACGUUGAGUGAAUUCCAUACGGCUCAAAGGCGUUGCUGUCUUGAAUGCCAUUUACUUUAAACAAAACGGUACCCAUAUACUCACUCCAAUAUUCAUUUUUAAAAAGCACUCCUCGUUGAUUUAUGUGUGAAUCUGUACCCCAUUUCCUGGCAAGUAAAGUACUGUUUAUGAAACCCAUUUUUGGAGGAAAUCCCCACAUUGUGAUUAUUUUAUUUUUUCAUUCUUGAUUUUUGUUAUUACAACAUGUCCUCUCAGUAUUGAAAAAAUGGCAUACCAACAUUUGCAUUGCACUUUGGAUUAUUAGGAAACCAUUUUUAAGCCAUUUGGAAUGGCCGUGCAAGCGGAAUUUAUAACAUGAAAUAAAUUAAAAGGCAAACGUCA